CACUUUUACAAGAGCACAAGGGUUAACUAAAAGCGCCGGAAGUAGCAGGAAUUUUCGGAAUACGCAGAGUCUCCGUCUCGAGCUUUAUACAACGUGGUAUGGUCGGUGGUGUGUGCCGGUCGCGCAGGAGAGGGGAUGUCACUGUCGGGCAACGCCAAUGAGGUCGCCCCCACUGGGGGCAGCACGCUCUUCGCGGCCUUCCGCGCGCUUGGUCUUUAUUCCAACCAUUUGGCGCACGUGCUGCGCUACCACCACCGCCACAGAGAGUUCUACCUGGUCACUGCUGUGGGGAAGAGUUUCCAUACUUACAACGUGAAGAAACUAGGCAUAGCUGCUGUUAGCAAUGCUUUGCCACAGAAUAUUACAUGUUUGGCAGCUGACAGAAUGUUGGUCUUUGCAUCUUGUGGCAGUCUUCUCCAUGCUUUUGCUCGGAACAAAGAGGUGGUUCACACUUACAAAGGUCACAAAGCAGAUGUUCAUCUUGUGCUGCCAUUUGGGGAUCAUGUGAUUUCUGUUGAUAGCGAUAACAUUGUUAUUAUUUGGGAUGUAGAGUCAGAAGAAGAAUACUUGCAGAUGAAUUUUGAUAAGACGGUGUUUGCAGUUUCUGCAAUUAUGCACCCAAGUACCUACUUGAAUAAAAUUCUUCUCGGUAGUGAGCAAGGAAAUCUACAGUUGUGGAAUGUAAAAUCCAACAAACUUUUAUAUACAUUUCCAGGGUGGGGUACAGGAGUGACAGUCCUUCAACAGGCACCAGCUGUGGAUGUUAUUGCAGUAGGCCUUGUGUCUGGCCAUAUCAUAGUGCACAAUAUUAAAUUUGAUGAAAUACUGAUGAAAUUUCAACAAGACUGGGGUCCCAUAACAGCAAUAUCAUUCCGUACAGAUGGACAUCCAGUUAUGGCUGCUGGAAGUCCUGUUGGGCAUAUUGGGUUGUGGGAUCUAGAAGAAAAGAAACUUCAGGGCCAGAUGAGAGAUGCCCAUUCCACAGCAGUUUCGGGUAUGUCAUUUGUCCAAGGAGAGCCACUUCUUAUUACCAAUGGCUCGGAUAAUGCUAUAAGGGUAUGGAUCUUUGAUGGCCCUGGAGGAAAUGGUAGAUUGCUAAGACACCGUAUGGGACAUAGUGCACCUCCAACAAAAAUCAGAUAUCAUGGGCAAAAUGGACAGCAAAUUCUUAGUGCUGGUCAAGAUGGUACCUUACAGUCAUUUUCCACAGUGCAUGAAAGAUUUAAUAAAAGUUUAGGACGUGGUUCCAUAAAUAAAAAGAAGUCAAAAAAGAAAGGCCUGCGAUAUGACACAUUGGCACUUCCACCUAUUACAACAUUUGCCACAGAAAUAGCCCGUCAAAGUGACUGGGAUGGGAUCAUUGCUUGCCAUCAAGGUUAUGUAACCUGUACUACUUGGAAUUACCAGAAAACUUCAAUGGGAAUUCAUAAACUGACGCCAAAAGACUUCAGCAAAAAUAAACCUCUUGGUGUAUAUGCAACAGCAGUAGAUAUCACUUCCUGUGGAAACUUUGCUGUAAUUGGACUUACCACAGGGCAUGUCGAUGUAUACAACAUGCAGUCUGGCAUUCACAGAGGACGUUAUGGCAAAGAAAAAGCUCAUGAAGGCUCCAUAAGAGGACUAGCAGUGGAUGGAUUAAACCAGCUUACAAUCACAACAGGAAGUGAAGGAUUGAUCAAAUUCUGGAACUUCAAGACCACAAAAUUUACUCACUCAAUUAAUCUUUCUACUUCUCCAAGUAAAAUGUUGCUUCACAGAGACAGUGGUAUUCUAGGAAUUGCUAUGGAUGACUUUAGCAUUAGUGUUCUGGAUAUAGAAACACGAAAAAUUGUGAGGAAGUUUUCAGGGCACCAAGGCCAGAUAAAUGACAUGACUUUCAGUUCUGAUGGUCGUUGGCUAAUAACUGCAUCUGUGGACUGUACCAUUAGAACUUGGGACCUACCUUCUGGAUGCCUUGUUGACUAUUUCCUAUUAGAUUCAGUGGCGGUAAGCAUUGCUAUGUCUCCUACUGGAGAUUUCCUAGCUUCUUCCCAUGUGGAUGAUCUUGGAAUUUACUUAUGGUCUAACCGUUCCUUGUAUUCGCUUGUCUCUUUGCGUCCACUUUCACCAGAUUAUGAGCCUUCCGUUGUAAUGCUUCCUGGAACCUGUCCAGCUCAAGAUGUGGAUGUCACAGAACAGGAAGAAAUAAGUGAUGAGAUGAUAGAAUACGAUUCUCCAGAGCAACUGGGAGAAACAUUAGUGACCCUUUCUAUGCUGCCGAAAUCUAGAUGGAGGAACCUGCUCAAUCUUGAUAUUAUUAAGCAAAAGAAUAAACCCAAAGAGCCACCAAAAGUGCCAAAAUCUGCACCAUUCUUCAUCCCCACAGUUCCUGGCCUCAUACCACGAUACGCUUCUGUUGAACAUGAAAAUGACGGACAUCAGUCAAAAGUAGUAAAUCUUGGAGUACUGGCACAAAAAUCUGAGUUCCACUUGCAGCUUGAAGAAGCCCUGAAGAACAGCAACUAUAAAUCUCCACUUAGUAUUCUGAAGGACAUGGGACCAUCUAGUAUUGAGGCAGAACUGAGAGGCCUGUCACCUGAUGGUGGUGGCUCUGUCAAAGUGAUGCAGAGCUUUCUAAGAAUGAUUGAGGCAAUGUUGAAUACAAAAUGUGACUUUGAACUGGCUCAAGCAUACCUUGCAUUGUUUCUAAAGUUGCACUUAAAAAUCCUUUCAUCAGAACCAACUUUGCUAGCAGAAGUAUCCAGACUGUCACCCCAGCUUGAGGAAAUCUGGAUGCAUUUACAGACUCUUUUCAACCAAAGUCUUUGCAUUUUAAAUUAUAUGAAGACUGCUUUGUUAUGAAGUACUUUUUAUUCUGUAAGAAUAAGAUCUUGACUCUCCAGUUUCAAGUAUAAAGAAUGUCUAAUAAUGGAUAUUUUAUAAUGAUAUUUUAUAUCUUAUGUUUUUGAAAGUGCAGCUUCAAUUGGUAACUUCAUUUUGUUGAAAUUUAAAUAUGAAUCUGUGCUGUUUUCACAAAUUUAGUGUGCAGUUUUAAUUUAAUAACUGCAAAUACAGUAAAGUUAUCUGUUCACAGUUAAGUUAUGUUUAAUAUGAAACAACACUUGCUAUGCAGUAAUAAAUCUAAACAACAAAUUGUAAGAGCUGGUGAAUUAUUCAGGAGCAUUUGAUGCAAAGCAAGUGUGGCCUUAAUCAGCUGCCUAGCUGGUAAACCCAUUAAAGAGUGAGGCAAUAAAAGUGGUAAAGAUGUGAA